UGCCACUGAGCACCACCCAACUUCAGUGGCACAGAUGUGUCUGGUCGUCUCUCGUCUGUACUUCAAUGUCUGUAAUUAUCUCUCGUAGUCGAGGAAGAGCGGUCGUGGGCGACACACAACAAACAACAAGGUCCGCAGCAUAUUUAAGCACAUUUAGCCACUGUUGAAUGCAGGUGGCAGAACGCAGUCGCUGUCCCUGGUGCUGAAUGCGCUCGCCAGUCGAUCUGCGGCAAGCGUUGCGAGACAGUAAACGUUUUUUGGUCGAGAAAAUACCCAUGGACUGACGUGAAUGCUGAACAACCAAGCGGUUAACAUAGCGCUGUGCAGAGUAAAUUGGAUCUCAAGUCCUCUAAUGCUUGAAGGAUGGAGAGAUUUUUCCUGUCAACCGUGCCACUGAUAAUUCUCAGCUGCCUAUGUGUCUCUCGCGUUUUAGCGGACAGCUUGUCGGCUCCUGUCAAUGUGACCAUCAAGGCUCUGAAGGCCAACUCUGCCGUGGUGACAUGGGACAUCCCCGAGGGGGACCCCGUCAUCGGCUUCGCCAUCACACAGCAGAAAAAGGAUGUGCGCAUGCUACGCUUCAUCCAGGAAGUGAACACCACCACCCGCUCCUGUGCAUUAUGGGACUUGGCGGAGGAGACCGACUACAUUGUGCACGUGCAGUCCAUCAGCAUGAGUGGGCCCAUGAGUCCGCACAGCGAACCCCUGCGCUUCCGGACACCCAAGGAGGCCGAGACACAGGCCUCCAAGAGUAAAGACGAGGUGACCAUGGAGGAAGUGGGAGCUCAGCUGAGGGCGGGGGAGUUCAUCAUUAUCGUGGUGGUGCUGAUCAUGUGGGCAGGUGUGAUUGCUCUCUUCUGCCGUCAGUAUGACAUCAUCAAAGACAACGAGCCCAACAACAACAAGGACAAAGCCAAGACCUCAUCAGAGUGCAGUACUCCGGAGCACCCAACGGGGGGGCUGUUGCGCAGUAAGUUCCCCAAGAACAAUAACAACAACAACCGUACUCCAUCUGUGAACAUCAUCGAGCUGUGAUGACUAGGACCCUCUCUAAUCCAAAGGACUGAGUGUCUUCUGAACAGAGCAACCAAAAUGCCCGUUAUGCCCAUCUGCUUGUUAGGGUGAGGCUGGGACUGUGGGCGCGCCCCCUUGGCCGUGCCCAGCCCUUUGGCAUGGGGCUUGGAUGUGAACUGGGCCCCCAGGACUCCAGGGGUUAGGCCUCAAAGGAGAGGCUCUAGGUGUGAUAGCAGGACUGUGGCUGUCACUGCUCUAAUCACUGCCACAGGGCCAAGGAGAUGAGGGCCAAAUGGAUUCAGCUGUAAGCUGAGAAACAGACGGGAAAUAUGAACAUGGCCAGGGGACUGCAGGUAACCAGGGCCAGAGGCCAUCUCUCUAUUAGCUUCAGUGCAGGCUGCUGAGGGGAGGACAGCUCAUAACAAUGGCUAGAACAUAGUUUUAUUAUUAUGAUCCGUCCUCCACUCAGCAACCUCCACUGCUCAGCAUGUUAUCAAUGAACUGAAACACACUGUUUCCCCCCUGUUCACCAUGCUGCAACCGAGGCUGGAGCACUGAGAACCGUGUGAAAGUGAAUUCCACCUGUUUCUCUCUUAAACAGUAACCUUGUUUCUUUAUUUAUUUGUCUCCUACCAAGCUCUUGCUGUAAGGCACAUACUGUCUUUGAUAUCAUCUAUCUUGUUUGACAUAUUAUACCGUUUAUUCAAACUCAAA